AUGUCUUCAGCUUCAAAGAUCCGCCAUAGAUCAGAGCCAAUGCCGGAGAUCAUGGUGAAAAUCAUUGGAAGUAAAUAUUUUCGAUACCUUGUGGAAAAGCCAAAGAUCAAUCAGAAUGAAAAAUCGAAGACAGAACCUCAAACCACACUCCAGAAAUCCCAGGCUGAUUAUUCAAGGCAGGUGAGCAGAGACCUGCCAGGACCCUCCGACCCUUCUGAUCAGAAAAUCACUUCUAACCCUGCUGAGAAGGAGGACAGCAAGCACCCAGGCAGCAGUCAGAAACCAGAGAACAACCAAAAAUUCUCAUCCAGGAACAAAUUCCUGGAUGGCAGGACUUCCCAUGAGGCAAACGUCUACUGCAGCUCUGUACCAACUGGAGACCAGUCUCUAUCCUAUAUGCACUAUCUCCCCACAAGAAAAUCUAGAGACUGCUCUUUGGAACAUAUAACCAAGGAGAGAAUUGGCCAGCCUGAGGAAAUUGUUCAAAGGCCAAGUAUUAUGACAAGAGAAGAUGCUUUUCUCCUCACGUUGGUCAGAAAAGAACUCAAGUCAUACCCAUUGAGCUCCAGUCUGUGGGACAAACUUCUGAAAGAGUUGAAGACUCUGGAUCCCAUCUCUUCAGGGUUUCUCCUCCAGUCGCAGCUGAGUCGCCUCUUCCUAAGGCUUGAAGUCCCUCUACAGUUACCAACAGUCAAGCUACUCUGCCAAAGAUUUUCUAGAAGGGAUUCUCCUGAAAUGGUGAAUUAUGGAGAGCUACUUCAGUUUUUAAAGGGGGCAAGUUCAGAUCAUUUGCAGAAAAAUGGAACUGCUUUAUACCGUAACCCAAGGAAAACUCCAAAUCAAAGCCAGCACAGACAAAGCACACCCCCGCAAGGUUCUGGCUUACUGGCUGAAGUGAAUAAGAGCUUGCUGGAGAUUUUGAAGAUGGCCCUAAGAAUGUGCCAAGGCAGAGUCAACAUAGACAACCUCAAUCUAAGCCUUCGCAAAGAAGAUCGGUCAUUCUCUGGCUGCCUUCCCCUGUCCAAGGUCAGAGCUAUAUGUGGCAAACAUGGAUUGUAUCUAACCUUGACCCUGCUGGAAACAUUGCUUAACCACCAAGAUUUGGGUUACCAAGGUGAAAUAAAGUGGCAGAAUUUUGUUAAGUGGCUGGAAAGGGCUUCUUCUGAUCUGUUGUGCGAUUCGCCUGUAGGAAAGAAUGGAAAGAAAACCCCAGGGACCUUGGUCGAAGUCCCUGAGAGACCCCAAAGCAAAACUGAACAUGUGAAAACUCCAGAAGAGAAUCUCUGGCCGGAAAACCCUACUGCUAUGAUUUCAGCCCCACAAGAACCAGUGAACUCCUUUAAGAAAAGGCCAGUCUCUCAGCCUGAUUUGAGUCCAGCCAUGAUGAAAGAGGCUGAACAACCUGAGCUGUGGAUAGACAGGUUCAGAAAGCUGGAAAACGCCCUCUACUUAUGUGACCUGAGCAACACAGGAGUUCUGGAAAAGGAAAGAGUCAGACGCCUCAUCCACAACUACAAUCUCAUUUACAACUUGUCCCUGAGUCCUCGGAAAAUUGACCUGGCCUUGCGGAGAUUCUGUUCUGGAGAAAACGUAAUCUUAGAGCCAGCACUGCGGUACUUGAAGGAGCUGUAA